AUGGCUGCACAACAACAAGAACUAGAUGAGAAGAACCCAUUCUAUGAGUUAGUUGUUAUUUGUUCGACAUCUGGUCAAUUCGAUCAAACCGUCAAUUCGUUCAAAGAUAUUAUAAAGAAGUCUAAGUUAGUAUGUAUAAAGGAUACUGAGUUGUUAGAUUGGAUAAAGAAGUACCAAAGAAGAGUUUUGAAGUACAAUGCUAUAAAUGAGUAUAUAAAUUCGAAGUUUAAAGACCCAAAUGAGGAAAUGCAGAGAAUAUUAGAGAAGAAACACUUCAGAAACAAACAGAAAGAGAUAGAAUACAUUUCGAAGAAAUUGCAAUCUUACGAUUGGAAGACUUACCCUCAUAGGUGUCUUCUUAUCUUAGACGACUUUGCUUCUCAUCCUUUGUUAAAGAACAGAGAACAAGAUAUGUGUCGAAUUCUUAAGAAGCUCAGACACUUUAACAUCUCUGUUGUCAUUUGUGUACAGACAGCCAAGAGUUUAAGUAAGGAUGUAAAGAGAAUACUUACUGACAUUAUACUUUUCCCAGGAUUGUCAGAAGACGAUUUCAUGGAACUUAUGAAAGAGUCCAUGGCAGGUAAGUUUGACAGACAUGAACUAUGGGAGAAGUAUAAAGUCAUACAAGACCCUCAUACUUCUUUCAGAAUUCAUAUCUACGCAAACAAAGUUCAAAUUGUAAAAAGUCAAGACCAAAAAUAA